GCGGCUGGGGACCCCUCAAGCCCUGGCGCGGACGCCCCGGGAUCUCCUCCCCACCCCCCGCUUCGGCCUCCGAAGCCUCAUGCUCGAGGUCUGGGAAGGAGGAGCACCUGAGCUCUGCCCAGCUCACGAUCAGAAGGACGUGGACAGACGGGAACUGGCACGGGAGAGACCUGCGAGGAUGAUAAAGUUUAGGCAGCUACAGGAACGCGGGCUGUGAUUCAAGCACAAGAUGGCCAGGACCAGCCACAGCAGCUAUGUCCUGCAGCAGCUCAACAACCAGCGAGAGUGGGGAUUUCUUUGCGAUUGCUGCAUUGCGAUUGACGACAUCUACUUCCAGGCACACAAAGCGGUCCUGGCGGCCUGCAGCUCGUAUUUUAGGAUGUUUUUCAUGAGCCAGCAGCACAGCACUGCGCAGCUGAACCUCAGCAACAUGAAGAUUACGGCCGAGUGCUUUGAUCUCAUUUUACAGUUCAUGUAUUUAGGGAAAAUCAUGACAGCCCCCGCCAACUUCGAGCAGUUUAAAGUGGCCAUGAACUCCCUGCAGCUCUAUAACGUGCCGGAAUGCUUAGAAGACAUACAAGAGACAAACUCCUCGAGUUUGCCGUGCUCUUCUUCCGCUUCCAGCACUCAAAAUAGCAAAAUGGUUUUUGGCGUGCGCAUGUACGAAGACACGCUGGCCAGGAACGGGAGUGAAGCGAGCAGGUGGGGUGUCGAGCCGCCGACUUCAACCGUGAGCACUUCCCAGGUCAGAGAGGCUGACGACGACGCUUUGCAGCUCGGCAGUUUCUCCGAGCAGCCUGUGGAAAUCUGCAAAAGGAGUGCGGUGCCCAAGCUUUCCAGCACCAAAGACCGACUCUCGAAUUCGCGGCGCUUUGGGAGGAGCUUUACCUGCGACGGCUGCGGCUUCAGUUUCAGCUGUGAGCGGCUGUUAGACGAACACAUCAUGUCGUGCACGAAUAGGCAUUCGUUUCAGAACGCCAGGUAUUAUGGGACGGAGCGAAAAGACAGCAGCGAGAGAGACCCUGCUCCCAAAACGCCAUCUUCCCAGCUGGACAAGUACAAAGGAGACGAAAGCCAAGCGACUGAUAGGUCUUCAUCCCCAGCGUCGAAUGUAACCAGCGGAAAAGGCAGCGCCGCCUCGUCGGAGCCGUUAGGAGAAGAGCGAAGUCGAGCCGCCGAGAGGAAAAGGAUUGUUGUCAAGGUGGAGCCAGACGACCACCCUGUCGACGACCUGAAAGAGUUUAACAUUAUUAAGGUGACGGACGGCAACGAUUCCACGGACAAUGAUGAACUCGAUGAUGAUGAGGUGUAUAGGUACUACAUUGAGGAAGAGGUCAAUGAAAACAGAAGUGUGCGGAAAGCUCUCUUAAAACCCCACAUGCCUAUUGAUGCAGGGGCUAGGAAGUAUUUCAGAAGCGCCAGGAUCCUUAACAACAAAGUCAGCGCUGUCAAGGAAGUUACGGAAAAUGCGUGCUGUGAACUGUGUGGGCUGACCAUCACAGAGGAAGACCUGUCUUCUCAUUAUUUAUCCAAGCACAUCGAAAAUAUAUGCGCCUGUGGGAAAUGCGGCCAAAUACUGGUCAAAGGGCGGCAGUUGCAGGAUCAUGCGCAGAGCUGCGGGGAGCCCCAAGACCUGAGCACUGACGGCUUAAGGAAUACGGAGGAGAAAACGGACCUGGAAGAGAGCCCAGAGGAACAAUCCGAAAACCAAGAGAUGAUGUACGUAGAGAUGCUGGAUGAGUUUGGGGACAGCCACUUCCAGAUGAACAGUCUUCCAAAAAAACAACUCUACAGGGAUUCGACUUGCCCUUUCCGGUGUCCUAACUGUGGCCUGCGUUUCGAAACGGAAAAUUUAGUGGUUGAGCACAUGUCCAGCUGCCUGGAGCAAGAUCUGUUCAAGAAUGCCAUUAUGGAAGAGAAUGAAAGGGAUCAUCGACGCAAGCAUUUCUGCAAUCUUUGUGGGAAAGGGUUUUAUCAGCGUUGUCACUUACGGGAACAUUACACUGUGCACACCAAGGAAAAGCAGUUCGUUUGUCAGACGUGUGGGAAGCAGUUCCUACGAGAACGUCAGCUGCGCCUCCACAACGACAUGCACAAAGGCAUGGCUAGGUACGUCUGCUCCAUUUGCGACCAAGGAAACUUCCGAAAACACGAUCACGUCCGGCACAUGAUAUCCCACCUAUCCGCUGGAGAGACAAUAUGCCAGGUCUGCUUCCAGAUUUUCCCCAAUAACGAACAACUUGAGCAGCACAUGGAUGUUCACCUGUAUACAUGUGGUGUUUGUGGUGCCAAAUUUACUCUGAGGAAAGAUAUGAGAUCUCACUAUAAUGCCAAACAUUUAAAAAGAACAUGAGCGCAUAAGGCUUUACCAAUAAGAACUAAAGCAACAGCAAUUGGAACGCCAAAGCAAGGCAGACAAUAGUGCAUAAAAGUUGAAUGGCCUGUUUAAAAUUUCUGUUGGUUCCCCCCCCCCCUCCAAAUGGCCUUUAAGUCAUAUGUCUUCAUUUAAGGUCUUAAAAGUACAUGCCAUUGAAAAGCACCAAACGUUUAAUUAUUGCAUUUUUACUCUUGCCUCAUGUCAGUGUCUAUUUUUUCUUCCUGCUUUCUUAAGUAGAUGAAUCAAAUAAUUGUUUUUAAACUCUAGAUUUUAAAAGCACACUGUAGUAUUACUCCAAUCACCUGCUUUUAUUAAACAGCUUCUC